UUAAGGUUCACCUAUAACAUGGAUGUUGAAAACAAAUCAGUCACUUCUGAGAUUUUUCUUCGUGGACUGACAGAUGAUAGAGAGCUGCAGCCCCUCAUCUUUGGCACUUUCCUAUGCAUGUACCUGACCACAAUAUUUGGAAACGUUCUUAUGAUGUUGGCUAUCAAUUUUGACUCCCAUCUCCACACCCCCAUGUACUUAUUUCUCUGUCAUCUGUCUUUUAAUGACUUGUAUUUAGUCAGUAUCACAGUUCCAAAGAUGCUGGUGAACAUACAAACACAGGAUCAGAGGAUCAGUUAUGCAGGCUGCCUCAGCCAGGGCUUCUUUGUUGCUGUUUGCAUCGUCUUUGAGUGUUUUCUCCUUGGAGUAAUGGCCUAUGACCGCUAUGUAGCCAUUUGCUACCCUCUAAGAUACACAGCACUCAUGAACCCCUGCUUUUGUAUUAAUCUGGUUCUUAUCUCUCUAUUCAUUAGCAUUGUGAAUGGUCUGUUGCAUAGUCUGAUGGUGCUGCACUUGUCCUUCUGCACUGACCUGGAAAUCCUCCACUUCUUCUGUGAAAUUGCACAAGUCAUCAAGCUGGCCUGUUCUGACAGCCUCAUUAACAGCAUCCUGAUAUUUGUUACAGCUGCUGUUUUUGCUGGCAUUCCUCUGUUUGGAAUAAUUUUAUCCUAUAUUCACAUUGUGUCUACAAUUUUGAAAAUGCCAUCAUCAGAAGGAAAAUACAAAGCCUUUUCCACGUGUGGGUCUCAUUUGUCAGUUGUUUCUUUGUUCUAUGGGACUGGUUUUGGUGUAUACAUUACCUCAGAGGUAACUGAUUCAUCCAGGCAUAUUGCGGUGGCUUCAGUGAUGUAUUCCAUAGUUUCUCCAAUGAUGAAUCCCUUUAUCUAUGGUUUGAGGAACAGGGAUAUGAAGGAGGCACUAAAGAAAGUUAUUGGUAGGACAGCGGCUCUUCUAUGA